AAGCAAUCCAACCAGAAAGAGAAAUAAUUACCUUUCGUGGUCGUCUCAAACAGAAUGUUACUACGAAAGAAACCGGCAGCGAAGUUGGUUCAAUUUUAAUUUUUUUUUGGAAAGACAGUUUCCGCCGCGAUAGUUUUGGAAAUACCGCCGGAGUAGCCGUUGACCAAUUAAAAGAAGGACAAAUUAUUACGGUGAAAGGUUAUUAUUCCGGACGAGACAACGGAUUAUUUCAUGUUACUGAAUUAGUCGAAGUCGAAACUGAAGACGAA